UGGCGUUAUACUGUUGAUGGGUCAUCAUCAAAGCUUGGAGUUAAUGCGGAGCUGAGCACAAUAAGUAGUGGUGCUUGUGAGCCAGGAUCCCUCACCGAAGUUGUCGUUUUUGCUCUGCUCUUGCGUCUUUGCUGCAACAAGGAGGAGUUUCGAGGAAGAUGGGGAUGGGAUUGAGGUGUUCCGUUGUAGUUCUGCUUUCUCUUAUUCAAGGCUAUGUGGUGUUUGGGCGAAUACCCGGGGUUUUUGGGCCGGGUGCAUGGACCGAAGCUCAUGCUACAUUCUAUGGAGGGAGUGAUGCGUCUGGAACGAUGGGGGGUGCUUGUGGGUAUGGAAAUCUUUAUUCACAGGGCUAUGGAGUUCAAACUGCUGCACUGAGCACUGCUCUUUUCAAUGAUGGGCUGAGCUGCGGAGCCUGCUUCGAGAUCAAGUGUGUGAAUGACCCAGAAUGGUGUCAUCCCGGCAGCCCUUCUAUCUUCAUCACUGCAACCAAUUUCUGCCCCCCUAAUUAUGCUCUUCCCAAUGACAAUGGCGGCUGGUGCAAUCCCCCACGCCCCCAUUUCGACCUCUCCAUGCCCAUUUUCCUCAAGUUCGCAGAGUACAGGGCCGGCAUUGUCCCUGUUCUGCACAGAAGGGUUCCCUGUGCGAGGAAAGGGGGCGUGAGGUUCACAAUCAAUGGAUUCCGGUACUUCAACUUGGUGCUAGUGACAAAUGUGGCGGGUGCAGGGGACAUUGUGAAGGUGAGCAUAAAGGGUGCUCGAACAGGGUGGAUGCCAAUGUCAAGAAACUGGGGCCAAAAUUGGCAGUGCAACACAGUUUUGGUUGGCCAAGCUCUGUCAUUCCGAGUGACUGGUAGUGACCGCAGGACCUCCACAUCCUGGAACAUUGCCGCCCCAAAUUGGCAGUUCGGCCAGACAUUCAGCGGAAAGCAGUUCCGAAUCUAGAAGCUUAUUUCAGGGUUCCCUCCAUCUUCCUCAUCUUUCUUAUAUUGUUGUGCCCACUAUCAUAUUUGUCUUUUUCCAUUCCAAUGGGACUAUGCAUCUUUGAGUACCAGUGGACUGUUCUGUCAUGGAUGACAGACAGAAGAAGAUAAGUUGUUUUAUCUUCUCUUCUCUAUCCGUCCAUCCUAUCCUAUAUUUUUGACUUACAACAUGUUAUCUUGCGGCUGAGGCGGAGAAAACAGAGAAGCCCGUCCGCAAACACACUGUAUUGAAUGAAUGCUCUCUACUUUACUAAUUACGUUUGUAGUUUUACAUCUACUACUCUUCCACCACCACUGUUCUUCCCUCUGCUAAAACUAGCAGGGAUGGAAUCCAGUUAGAUUAGGGUUAGCUAGAUUUGGAGAGGAUUGUUAGUUAGUGGCUAUAGCCAAAGGAAUGCUGUGUGCUACAUCUACAUCCCAUUUGUCAUGUAUGUAUUGCUGUUUUUUGAUAAAAUGUCAUAUAAUAUAUAAAAAUAUAUUUUAAGUAUUUUA